AUGACUCUUCAUUAUUUUGAAGCAAUUAUAUCAUUAAUCUAUGGAGAUUGUCGAUUGUUCACACAGAAUGAAAAAUCGACAUGUAUCCUUUGCAAAUAUUUGACAAUGCCAUUCUUAAAAAUACAAAAAGCUACGUGGUGCCAACAACGAAUAGAAUCUUGCAAACGUAAUGGUUGGCGACACGCUAUAUACAUGCCUGAAGCGAAACAUGUCGUUAAAGCACAUUAUAAGGGUGAAUGGAGAAACGAUAAGAGAGAGGGCAAAGGCAUAGGAAUAAGCAGGUGUCAUAAAAAUUGCUAUCAACGUAUUUAUAUUCAAGUCCCGAUAUUUCAUUCGCUAUACGGAAUCAUUCUUUCGCGCAGCUUCGGCUGGAUGUACGAAGGUGAUUGGUUCAAGGAUCGUAGACAUGGCUAUGGUAUUUUGAGUAAAAUUUCGGAAGACGGUAACAUACGUAAAGUGUACGGCGGUGAUUGGGCGAAAGGAAGAAAGAACGGAUUCGGAAGCAAUUGGUACAGAGACGGCAGUUAUUACGAAGGAACGUUUCGGAAAAACAAACGAGACGGUUACGGCCGGAUCUGGUAUAAAUGCGGUAGUGGAUAUUAUCAAGGCACAUGGUCGAACGAUCGUUAUCAUGGAGAAGGGAUACUCAUUCAAAAAAAUGGUAAUCUCUACGAGGGUCAAUUUAUAAAUGGCAAGAAGGAAGGUCGAGGGGUCUUCUAUCACUUUGACAGCCAUCAAGUACAGAUGGGUCAUUGGGAGAAUGACAUCUGUAUCAAUAGCACGAUAGAGGACAUCGACUAUCACCGACAGUCAAGCUUAUAUCCGACAUUAUUACAUAUUCCAAGGAUAAAUAGCCAAGCAGUGCUGCACUUAUAAGUGCAUUGCGUCAUCUCUCGUUUACGUUUUCUUUAAUCGAUUUAAACAUACAUGUUUCAUGUGUUACCUAUUCUUUCCGCAUUUAGAGCGAACGGAAAAUAUAAUCCGUGCGUAUGAUUUAGUAACUACAUCCGUUUCAUUUCGAUAAUCGCGUUCCUGUUAUAUAGCAUUGAUUCGCGCGCCGAUAAAGUAUGUACAAACAAUAACCGAACAUAUUCGAUUUUCAUCGUAAUCGAAAUAUAACACAUCUCAAGUUACCCGCAAAAUCGUGUACAUGCGAGUCCGCCUCCCUCCACAUCCUGAUAUUUCGUUUGUUUUUACGGCAAUCGUAAUAUACAUGGACGUAAGAAAUACCUGGACAGAUCGUAAGGUACCCUUUUAGACGCGGGGGCUGAGUCUGAAAGGGUGAGGGGUCCAUCGUUGCGGCCAUCUUAGAGGCCAGAGAUUUUGCAUCUGCUUUCACGUCGCGCGGUAUUAUUUAGUAUUAAAUAUACAAUAUAAAUAACAAUAACAAUUAAACAAAUUAGAA